CUCCUCCCCCUUGCUUCCUCUCUCCUUUUCCUCCUUCACUAUCUUGUUCCACAAGAUUUGUCUCCACUAUGGGUCGUUUAAAGCAGAAGGGAAAGGCCGGUGCCGCCAAGGCGUACAUGACCCGCUCGAUCGCCAUCAAGAAGCUUCAAUGCUCCCUAGCAGACUUCCGGAGGUUAUGUAUCUUGAAGGGCAUCUACCCCCGCGAGCCUCGAAACCGGAAGAAGGCGAACAAGGGGUCCUCCGCUCCCACAAAUUUCUACUAUGCGAAGGAUAUUGCCUACCUUGCACACGAGCCCGUCCUUCGAAAACUUCGGGAACACAAGGCAUUUGCAAAGAAGCUCUCCCGCGCGCUCGGGAGGGGAGAAUGGAGUAGCGCGAAGAGCUUGGAGGAGAACAAGCCCGUGUAUCGUCUAGAUCACAUCAUCAAAGAGAGGUAUCCGACAUUUAUUGACGCGGUGCGCGAUAUCGACGAUGCCCUCUGCAUGAUAUUCCUCUUCGCCUCCCUCCCUUCCGACUCCAAGGUUUCCCCUACUCUCAUUGAAAACUGCGCCCGACUCGCGGCAGAAUGGCAGUUAUAUGUCAUGCACACCCACGCACUACGGAAGGUCUUCCUCUCGAUUAAGGGGGUAUACUACCAGGCGGACGUUCUCGACCAGACGAUCACAUGGCUGGUUCCCUACCAGUUCACCCAAACUAUCCCUGUGGACGUUGAUGUCCGUGUGAUGCUAACGUUCCUGGAGCUCUAUCAAACACUCCUCGGCUUCGUCUUCUUCAAGCUGUACACCGACGCCGCCCUCGUCUACCCUCCGCCUCUCGACACUCAGAAGGAUGAGGGUGCAGCGGGCGUUGGCGCGUUCACUCUCCAAGAAGCGAAGGACGCGCGAUCGGCACCGACUGCCAAGUCAAAAACCGUUGAGGUCGAUGGCAAGCGCGUCUCCAGCAAAGACGUUCGGCAGACCAUCAAGAGCAUCACUGCCGGCGCAGCUGGCGACGCAGACGUCGACAUGCCCGCGGUGGACGUUGCAGCAAACGACGAAGACGAGGAGUUCGUAGAGGACACCGCCGAGGAGGAGAACCCCGAUGACGCCCCCUCCGCUCCCGCAAUGACCACCGCCGCCCUGCCGACCCUCAAAACGCUCUCGACCCUGCCACAGUCGACCUCAGCCAAGCUCUUCGCCCCAUAUACCUUUUGGCUCUCGCGGGAGACGUCUCGCCCGAUCUUCGAGUUCAUCGUCCGCGCAUUCGGCGGGCGCAUCGGCUGGCCUGCGACGUCGGGCAGCGGCUCGCCGUUCGACGAGGCCGAUGACUCGAUCACGCACGUCAUCAUCGACCGUCCGGUCGUGCAACGCGCGAACGAGAGCGAGGAGGAGCGCGAGCACCGUCGGCGGCGCAAGUACGUGCAGCCGCAGUGGGUCGUCGACUGCGUGAACGCGGGCAAGAUCCUUCUCGAGGACCUGUACGCGCAAGGGAAGACGCUACCGCCGCAUCUAUCUCCUUUUGGCGAGCGCGCAGACGCGUACGACCCGACGGCAGGGAUUGCUGGUGCGGACGAGGACGAGGAGAUGGAGGACGAAGAGGAGGUCGUCGAAGGCGGGAGCGACGAGGAGGAGGAGGCCCGCCCGUUGAAAGCCGCACUGAAGGCUGCUGCUACCGCGGAGGACGCCGCGGCGUUGCGUGCAGCCGAGCUAGCAGCGGAGGCUGCCGGCGUCGACUUUGGUACGUUCGAAAAAGAGUCGAAGAAGGCGCAGAAGAAGGCAAAGAAGGCUGAGGUAACAAAGGAGGACGAGACGGAGCAGAACAUGAACAAGAUGAUGAUGAGCAACAAGCAGCGCAAGCUAUACGAGCGCAUGAAGUACGGCGAGAAGAAGCGUGCCGCGGAGCGGCAAGAUCUGGAGCAGAAGAAGCGAACUAUCGAAAAGGAGAAGAAGCGCAGGUCAAAGGCAUCAUAGUGCCUUGCUUUGCUCCAUUAUCAUGUGUUGUAGUGUCUUCAUGUUGUCGCCUCGGGCAUACUGUCGUAUUCGUUGUUCACUGUCUCAUCUCAUCUAUAGCGUACACAUUAACUCAUUCCACGUCCCCGCUAUUGCUGACCGCAAGUUUAUGGUGCAGCACCCAAGGAACACGAAUUAAACGUUGGCCCCAAAUGUGAACGCGUCGCCCAGCGCGAUUCUCAUGUCAACAAGCGACGAUAUCAGAUGUCUCCAUUCUCCCAAGCCUCCAGUAGUUCGAACAUGUCCAUCCGGAGCUUGUGCAAUGUGAGGUUAUACUCGAUGGCGAAGCCCUGGUGUCUAAGCUCGCGUAGGGCAGUCCAGGCCCAGUUCUGACAAUUCCAUUCCGGAUCGUGGCGUAUGACGGGAUUUUGAGACAAGAUCUUCUCAAACUGGUCUAAGGAUUCGACUGGGAUACGGCCGACAGCGAGUGAACCGCGCCAGAGAUCGUGUCGAAUGGGGACGCCCCGCUCGGCCUCGUAGCGCAAGGUAUCGAUGUUGCCGGCGGCGUUGUAGACGUUACCUCUUGGCCGCUCAUCGGAGCCAGAGGUGUUGAACGUCAGUGCCCAGUGGAGGGGUAGGAUUUUGCCCUCGGAGUCUUUGCCUCGCCACCAUUGGGUCACAUAGAGGACUAUCUGGGAGUUGUGGUCUGACAUCAUGAACGGUUGACAAUGAGGGGAAGUUAGUGGGGAAGUCAGCGUUCUAGGCGGUACCGCCGACGAGAUUUGCGUCAUGGGAGAUACACGGUUCCGCGCCCGAGGGCGUGUUCAUAAAACGAUGGUGCAGCAACGGGUUGGCGUAAAGGACAGACGGAAUAUGC